AUGAACAUGAAGAACGACCUGACUCCCGAGCUGAGCAGGAGGAAACAACGGCAUGACAGGAAAAAAGCCAUGAGCGUCAUUGAAGGGGCAAUCACACAGGGUGAUGCUAGGGGUGUCCCGGUUCAGGCAGACGCCACUGCAUUUGCCAAGGACAGCAAUAUAAGAAAUUUCGAUGCUCUUCGUGUCCCACGCGAAAAGAAGAACCAUUGGGCGACUCUGUUACGCGAUCAGGACAAGUUAUCGGCACCCACUCGACCUCUUCGAAGAACAACGGGAGUCAAGGUAUCAAGUGAGUGGACGAACUUCACAGGAUGUCCUCAAUGCUCUGAUAACGAGAAAUGUCGUGCAAUAGAGUACGCCGCUAUUAUAGUAGGAAAAGAUGAGCCCACGGUAACUCUGGCUGGUGUUUUUCACUGGUUUCAAAUUGGAAAUGCGCGUUCGAUAAUUGUGGAUCUACAGUAUUCCAAGGUGUGUGCCAAUGUCACUCAUCUCGUGUCUGGAGCAGUAUCAGCACAUGCACUUAUACGGCAAAUCACUGCCUACUCGGCACCUGUUGUUGCGUCAAUUGUUGUAUUGGAGUAUCCAGCCAACAACUACACCGAGGCUUUGUAUAAUCCUAUAUGGAGAGUAAAAACGCAAAAUGGGCAAGAACUCGAAGCUACGGUCUUCUCUGGCAGCAUAAAUGAGCUAGCACUCGUUAACAAGCACAAAGUAUUCUCCGCAGCGACUGCUCACGCAGUGCCACUGGACAACUCCAUUACCGCGAGCCCUCCCUGUGGCCUGGAAAGUCUUGGGCCGAGCACACAAAAAUGGUGGAUCAAUCGGCUGGCCUCAAUUUUGAGCAGUGGAGACAACGAUACAUCUGUCAUUAUUGGAUCGAAACAACUCGUUACUGGAGCUGACAGCGUGAUUGGAAUAUCGGUGCUUUUGAAAGAAAACGAUGUUGUUUCAUGUGGACAUUUCGAACCACUUACAGAAAGAACAAUUGCUGCUGCAAAAUUCGACCAUACUCUGUCGGGUUUCGUGAAAAUGACUCAGUAUGGAACUUCAAAUUGGGCUUCUGGGAUUCCCACAGAAAUCUACUGCUUCUUCUACAAUCCAAAUGAUACUGACACCGGUGAUGAGAAGACCGAAUUAGAAUGGCAAUUUGUUAUCCAAGAUGGCAUAUCAUGCUCCAACGCUCCAGUAUACGACCCGUUUAAUCUGAACGAUAGCUCUUGUUCAAGGGGUGCUAGUCUUCUGUGUCCAGUAGGAGAUGCUUACCGGAAAUCGACUCCAUUAGUUUUAAAUACUAGACAGCAUCUCAUUGUGGACAACCUGCCAUUGUCUGGCCCAUACUCGAUCCUGAAGACGUCCUUGAGGAUCCGAAAAAAGGACGUGAACAAAAUUACGACAGAAUGUGCACCUCUUUUACUGUAUUCAGAGAAAGCUGUGCUUGACAACAUGUUCCGCACGGCAAGAACCGUUUGUAGUGGACCUGAGGAGAGAAAGGAAUCGUUAACUUUGGCUUACGAAAUUGCUGUUUCGAAUGGUUAUUAA